CGUAGCCCACUCGGGUCAAGCCAGCCCUAUUAGACAGCUUCCUCGUGGAUCCUCCCCUGGCGGGGGUGGGGCGACCGAGCGCCGCCGCCGGAGAGACAAGGGGGAGUGUGGGUUUACGCCGAAAAGUAGCGGGUGGUGCAUAUCACUGGGGAGCAUCCUGCAGGCCGGCCGAGGCUGGCGGGCUCAGACUUCCCUCUGGGAUUCCCCCUUGAACCUCUUUACAGCCUCCUCGGCGGGGGCGGGGCUUGUGUAUUUUACUUCCGGAUCCCACAGCUACGACAACGGAAGCCGGAAGUGGGAAUUUUGGCAGGGGGAGAAGGGAAGGGCGACCGCGGAACCCGGACUUUCUCGGCGCGACGGGGCUCGAGGAGCGCUCGCGGCCCACUGCUCCCGCCCUUCUCACGUCGGACCGAUUCUGCUGACAGACCUUGACUUGUUGGAUGAGCAGGCCCCCCUGGAAGAGUCAGCCGUGUGAGAUGGUGCAGCCCAGUGGUGGCCCGGCUGGGGACCAGGACAUGCUGGGUGAAGAGCCUUCUCUGGGGAAGCCGGCCAUGCUCCACCUGCCUUCGGAGCAGGGCGCUCCUGAGACCUUCCAGCGCUGUCUGGAGGAGAAUCAAGAGCUCCGAGAUGCCAUUCGCCAGAGCAACCAGAUGCUGCGGGAGUGCUGUGAGGAGCUGCAGCGUUUCCAAGGCAACCAGAGGGAGGAGAAGCAGUUCCUCAUGCAGAAGUUCCAGGAGGCCAGGAAACUGGUGGAGAGACUGAGUGUGGAGAAGCUCGACCUGAGGGAGCAGAGGGAGCAGGCCCUGCAGGAGGUGGAGCACCUGAAGAGGUGCCAGCAGCAGAUGGCCGAGGACAAGGCCUCGGUGAAAGCCCAGGUGACAUCGUUGCUGGGGGAGCUCCAGGAGAGCCAGAGUCGCCUGGAAGCUGCCACCAAGGAGCGGCAGGCUUUGGAGGGCAGGGCCCGGGCGGCCAGCGAGCAGGCCCGGCAGCUGGAGAGCGAGCGCGAGGCCCUGCAGCAGCAGCACAGUGUGCAGGUGGACCAGCUGCGCAUGCAGAACCAAAGCAUGGACGCAGCCCUGCGCAUGGAGCGCCAGGCCGCCUCGGAGGAGAAGCGGAAGCUGGCUCAGCUGCAGGUGGCCUAUCACCAGCUCUUCCAAGAGUAUGACAACCACAUGAAGAGCAGCAUGGUGAGCAGUGAGCGAAACCGAGGAACGCAGCUGGAAGAGCUCAAGCAGCAGCUGCAGCAGGCCGAGGAGGCCCUGGUGGCCAAACAGGAAGUGAUCGACAAGCUGAAGGAAGAGGCCGAGCAGCACAAGAUUGUGAUGGAGACCGUGCCGGUGCUGAAGGCCCAGGCGGAUAUCUACAAGGCAGACUUCCAGGCCGAGAGGCAGGCCCGGGAGAAGCUGGCCGAGAAGAAGGAGCUCCUGCAGGAACAGCUGGAGCAGCUGCAGCGGGAGUAUAGCAGGUUGAAGGCCAGCUGUCAGGAGUCGGCCAGGAUUGAAGAUAUGAGGAAGCGGCAUGUAGAGGUCUCCCAGCCCCCCUUGGCCCCUGCCCCAGCUCACCACUCCUCUCACCUGGUCCUGCCCAGCCAGAGGAGAAGCCCCCCCGAGGAGCCGCCUGACUUCUGUUGCCCCAAGUGCCAGUAUCAGGCUCCUGAUAUGGACACCCUGCAGAUACACGUCAUGGAGUGCAUCGAGUAGGGUCGCCUGCUGAUGACCGGCCCAGGACAGUGCAAUCUAUGCUUUUCCCUCCCAUCUGCCUAGUCCUGAAUGAUGGGCUAGGUGACAAAGAGCAGGCUCCUUCUUUGAGCCCCAAGAGCUAGCCGUAGGGCCUUACGCUUCAGCUCCCCCGUCUGCCGGUUCGCCUCUUUUAGGGUACCCGGAGUCCCAGCCUGGCCCGACGCUCCGCUCUUUUAUUCAUUCUGUCCGCUUGGCUCACUUGCGUCGGGGGCCCCUCUUCUUCUACCUCCACUGGGGAAGUCAACAGUCAAGCCCGGGGCUCUCAGAGAGAGCUGCUUCCCGGCCCGAGAUGAGACAGGAGGCCCCCCUCCCACCCCCUGGCCCAGCUCCCCCACACCCGGCGUCGGCGUGCUUGCAGGCUGUGCUGUUCCACAGGGAGGCCGCACCACGGCUUGGGGGUCGCUGCCCAUCUUUUGAUUGUCGUGACGCCACAGCGAAACUCCACGUGCGUCGAUCACGUGUGCGUCUGGGUCCGAUUCUUAGACGCAGCAGCACUGAGCAUCUGCCAACGAGGCCCGCAGUGCCCUGUGUUGGUUCCUGCCUUGCCCCCGGUGAGGGGUGUCCAACCUGUGGGCGUCGCCAUCCGCCAGGCGUGCAGUUCUGUGUUAAGAGUGAGCUUGAGCGUCUUUCGGAGCUUCAGGGGCCCUUCUCAGUUCUGGCGUGAGCGGCUUGUCUGGAUUUCUCGCUCAUCUUUCUCUUGGGCCGUUAGUGUUUUAUUCCUCGGUUUGUAAGAGCGCUUUGGUCAUUAGUGGGAUCAGCUUUUAUGGCGUGAUGGAAGUUGGGCUGAUCUUUUCCUACGGUGACUUUGUACUGGCAUGUUUGGGACGUAAAGUUUGUUUUCUUUGUGUGGGCGCAUGUCCCCACCUUUCCUCCACUGCCCUGCUUUGGAGUUGUUGCGGCCACCUCGUGGCCUCGUGGCUUGACGGGGCGAAGCUUCGCACAGGUACACUCUUCCCUUGCUUUUCCCUGCACUGCGCAUGCUCCUGUGUUCCCUGAGGGCGUGCCGCCCAGCGUGAAUGGUGGUGGCCAUGUUCCAUCACAUUCCAGAAGUUUGCUGAUGCUCUUCCCUGCGCCAGCCCCAGAUGCUCCCAGCCUUGCGAAUGGAAGCCACUUGGUAGUAAUUGGCAACUUACGAACACCAGACGACCUUGUAAACUUUGCUGUUUUGCAAGGUUCUGAAUAUUUCGUAGGAUGUCAAAGCCAUAGGCAUGAACCAUGCGGUGUCGUUAAAAAAAGGAUGUUGGAAGUAGAGGAAGAAUACGCAUUAUUUACUCCUUGGUGCCCCGGCCCUCGCCCCUGCCCUCCCCCAAGCUCCCCUGGGCGGGAAUGGGAUGUUGUGAAUCCAUCUCUGGGCUUUGUCACAGGGUUUUCCGCUACUUGACAGAGGGCUGACUACAAGUAGGAUUUAAGUCUAGUGCUGGAAGGCAGCCAGCAGCCCAUUCUGCAAACAAGCCUGGACUGGGGGGUUUCUUGGCAUCCGUCGGGGGUGGGAGCAACUUUCCCAUUUCCUGAAGCCCAGGUGUCUAAUCGCAGAUGGUACUUGGGGAAGAGGUAAAGGCACAUUUGGGUGCUUUACCCAUGGGUGCUGCAUUUCAAUGGGGAUUCUGCAGUUUUUCUUGGAGCACUUUUGGUUAUCGGGGGCUGUAUUAGUUUCCCAUGGCUGCUGUCACAAAGUACCACAAACCUGGUGGUUUAAAAGACCGAGAAUUCAUAUUUUCACAGCUCGGAAGGCCAACAGUGCAGCCGUGGGCAGGGUCGGCUCCGAGGGAGAGUCCGUGCCUCUUUCCAGCUUCCGUGGCGGCCAUUUGUGUUCCUCGGCUGGUAAACAUGUCACUCCACUCUCUGCCUCCAUGGUUACAUGGCCUCCUCUCUUCAUCUUACCUUGUCUUCUGUCUCUAUAAGGACACCAGUCAUUGGAUUUAGGACUCACCUGUGCCAGCCUGGAUGAUCUCAUCUCGAGAUCUUUGCCUUCAUCACACCCACAGAGACCCUUUUUCCAGAUAAGGUCACAUCCACAAGUUCUGGGGAUCAGCAUAUCUUUUGAGGCCACCAUUCCAUCCACUGUGGAUGGAGUCCUCAGAUUGGGACAGGUGCAGUUGCAGGCAGGUGUCUCCAGGACCUGCAGCUCCGUUGGAGGGCAUGUUCCCCAGGGUGAUGGUGGCCUGUGGCUAGGAAAGCUGGAGUUGGGUGUGGGGUAGGCCCUUGCAGGUUGUGGGGACUGCUGUCCCUUAGGAUAUCUCGUCUCCAGCUGGACACCGCGGCUGGGGCUAACGGACGUGGGCGCGGGAAGGGGGUAGGCUGCGGUGGGAUAGAUAGAGCUGUUAUGCCACCUGCGUCCUGGGUGGUGGCCGCUGGCUGAGUAGGGAUGGGCUUUGAGCUCCUAAGAGGGUGAACAAAGGCACGUAGGAGACCUUCUCUGGCCAGCUGCCUUUUCUGAAAGGGGGUUGAAAGGAAGGUGAGACCCAGGAGCGGUGAGAGAGGUGGACAUUCUCUUCCUGGGGAACUUUUCCCAGGCUCUGGCGGUGGCACGCCCGCGGGUCACGCAGCGGCAGCUGCAGCUGGGAACUUUACAAACGUCCCUGCCUGGGCUGCAGAACACCUGAGUCACAGUCUGGGCGUAGGACCGGGCAGUAGCUGGGAACCGCUGCUCUUUUGAGCUUUCCCUUCUCCCUCUUCCGUUCUGUAGGGCCAGCUGCAUUUGACAUAAGGAUUUUAAACCAGGCCAUUUGCCCGGAAGUGAGGGGUUCUGCUUUUUUCCUUUCUGGCUUUACUUAGCUUGGGCUUCCAGAACAGGUAGCUAGAUUUCCUCCUGUGGGGGGGAGUACCCCGCCUGUCUUAUUAGCUCCGUCCCCUCGAUUUUUGCAACCCUGGAUUUGAGAGGUAGAGAUAGACAGCUAGAAGUGCAUCUCGGUGGAACCGGUUUUGUUCCCUGUCGCCGACACACGCGCCCCCUCUGUUACCUGCUGCUCGAUGCUCAAGAGAAAUCCACACGGCCAGUAAAAUAAGCACAAGAAAGCACUUCUUCUUUAUGAGUGACUAAAACAGCACAGACGUAACCGAAACAAAAAGUGAUUUCAAAUUGCAGCAAAUGAAAACUUUUGGUGCCUUGCCGACAAGGUGCAGGGGACAGACCUGCGAUGCCACCCCGCUUGUGUGGACCGAUUUGGCGGGACAGAACAAGCACUUAGGAAGCCUCCUCAGCACUUUUAACUGUAAGAGACAAUCGGGACACAGUGAUGUUGGCACUGUGGAGGCCCUCGCUGUAUCGUUCUUUGUAGCCGCACAGGUCAUGGUGAAGACGCUACGCUUCUGGACAGCGUGGGCCUGCGCUGCCAGCAUCGUGAGCAUCUCGUCACAGGGAACACGCUCUGCAGCAUGUUGCUGUGACAAAGCCAGCAGACGAAAUUACGUAUAAAGCGUGACCCCAAUAAAAAAGUCAAAGCUGCAGGCGCACGCCCUGCUACCAUUUGGGUGGGAAAAUGGUAUUGUCGAUGUUCUUUACAAAAGAAAAAUGUCCUCUUAGAGGUUGAACUGCAGUAUUUAUGGAUGAAAUGAUAUGAUGCCUUAUUAAGUGGAUUGCGAGGGCAUUCACAAUUUUGCUCUUUAUAAAAGUUUGUAUAAUAUUAGGAAUACCUGCUCUUCGAAUGCUUGGUAACUUUGCUUAGACUGAAUGUACUCCGUGCGGGUAAGGGGAGAUUUUAAACCACUGAUUCAAAUUCCUUAUUUAGUUGUACUCUGGUUUUUUACUUCUUGAGUAAGUUAUAUUGUUCUAGCACAAUAUGCAGUUGAUCACUUCACGUUUACUGCAAUGAAUUUAUCUUAUUAUUUAAAAAAAAAUCUUUGCUAUACCUGUAUUAUGUAUUUUUCACUCCUAACAUUUCUAUGCAUCAUGUCUUAACUUUUAAAAAUUGAUCUUUCUGGAA